CGUAAGUCAUGUGCUUAUUGAUGGAUGAUGCCUGCCGUCUCUCACCACGGGAACCCGCAGCACAUCUACGCAGCUUCUUCUCGAGCACAUGGAAGCCAGUAUCAUGACCUCGGAUGCUAACAAGGAACAGCGAGAAACGUAAGGUUGGCUUCAACUGGGGUAACGAGAAGAUCCGCGGUGUCAACAUUGGCGGUUGGCUGGUUCUCGAACCCUGGAUCACACCUUCCCUGUUUGACAAAGCUAAUUACGGCCGUCCUCAGAAGGACAUUAUCGACGAAUACACAUUGGGCGAGAAGCUUGGACAUAAUGCGGCACUCGCAGUACUCCGCAAUCACUGGAACACAUUCGUAACAUGGCAAGACUUCAAGAAAAUCAAGGAUGCUGGCUUCAACAUCGUCCGGAUACCUAUCGGCUACUGGGCAUAUGACAACUUUGGCUCACCAUACGUGGGUGGCGCAAAUGUGUACAUUGAUGCUGCUAUCGACUGGUCACGAAGCUUGGGCCUCAAGAUUGUCAUCGACCUACACGGUGCACCUGGUUCGCAAAACGGCUAUGAUAACUCCGGCCAGCGCCUGAACGUUCCACAAUGGCAAUCCGGGGACACAAUCAAGCAGACAUUGCAGGUUUUGAAGACCAUCUCCGACCAGUACGCGCAGCUAAAGUACCAGGACGUCAUCGUCGGGAUCCAGCUGCUCAACGAACCAGCCAUGUACUUUGAUAACAUCAGCGAGGAUGUGACACGCCAGUUCUACCGUGUUGGAUAUGACCAGGUCCGCGAUACCUCCGACACAACAGUCAUCCUACAUGAUGGUUUUAUACGACCAAACCAGUGGAACGGCUACCUGACGCCUUCAGACAACAACGCGCAAAACGUCGCGAUCGACCACCACGAGUACCAAAUCUUCAACAACGACCUCAUCCAAUUGAAGCCCUCCCAACACAACCACAAAGUUUGCGACCUCGCCGAUGCCUACGGCGGAGCCGACAAGUGGACAUUCGUUGGUGAAUGGACAGGUGCCAUGACCGAUUGCGCGAAGUACCUUAACGGCCUAGGACGUGGUGCUCGCUAUGAUGGUACAUACUUGGGCGCCCCGUACCAGGGCGACUGCAGCUUCGCAAACGAUGUCAGCAAGUGGAGCCAAACCCAGAAGGACGAUACGCGCAAGUACAUCGAGACACAGAUCUCAGCUUUCGAAGCGAAAACUCAAGGAUGGUUCUUUUGGAAUUUCAAAACGGAGAACGCAUUUGAGUGGGACGCACUUGCGCUGGUCGAUGCUGGUAUCUUCCCAGCAAUAAGGAACGGACAGGUUGAGUACAAGUUCCCCAAAGUCUGCACGAACUUCUACUAGGUGGGAAGUAUAUGGGACUCCCCUAGUUCCGAGGACGAGGACGUCUGAUAAGGCCUCUCGCCCGGCUCAUACUCAACUAACCUGCGAGCAGAUUGUAGAUGGGCAUUGUUACGCAUGCCAAUAUAGGUCCGUAG